AUGAUGAGAGUGAAAUGUUUUAAUAAAUUUUAUAUAUAAUUAUAAUGGGCUGAAGUUAAACUUAGCAAUCAAACUAAAGAUAGGGUUGCGGCAUGUAAAUCCUACAUUGAAAGGAAAUAUCAAUUAAGUCUUUAAUAGGAAAUGGAGAAGAAGAUGAUUUGGCAACAAUUGCAAUAAAAUAUGCAGAAUUUGAAUUUCACUCCAAUUGAAUAGGAGUUGAUUAAGAAGGAGAUUCUACACAAAGAGGCCAUACAACUCCGAAAAAAGCGACAGAAGAUCACUGUGAUGGAUUUUGAACCAAUAGCAAUAAUUGGAAGAGGUGCUUUUGGUGAGGUUCGUGUUUGUCGAGAUAAGGAAACUAAGGAGAUUGUGGCAAUUAAGAAAAUGAAGAAGUCUGAGAUGAUAUUUAAAAAUUAAUUAGGACAUAUCAGAGCAGAGAGAGAUAUACUAGUACAAGCUAAUUGUCCAUGGGUUGUAUAAUUAAAAUAUUCAUUUUAAGAUGAAAAAUACUUAUAUUUGGUAAUGGAAUUUUUAAGUGGUGGUGAUUUUAUGACACUAUUGAUUAAAAAGGAUAUCAUCCCUGAAAAAGAGGCUAAGUUUUAUACAGCCGAAAUAGUGCUAGCAAUUGAAGCUGUGCACAAACUCAAUUACAUUCAUAGAGACUUAAAACCAGACAAUAUCCUCAUAGAUGAAAGUGGACAUCUUAAAUUAUCUGAUUUUGGUCUAUGUAAGCAUCUGGGCAAUAAGCAAAACGAAAUACUCUCAAUUCCCUAUACGGAAAGAAAACAGGAAGCAUAACAAUAAUAGACCAAGAAGACAAUUAGCAUUUUCAACAGUGGGAACUCCUGA